ACACCUUCUCUCUAGACUAUAUCUGUUUCCCGCUAUCAUUUUCAUCAGAAGGUUUAUGCUCCUCUGUUCUUAAUUAUUCAGCAGCCGAUGAUGUUUUACUGAGAUCAGUUCUGGUGGAAGUGAAAAACCGAGACGGAUUCAAUGGGAAAGGUAUCUCCAAAAGAGAAGACGUCAAGGAAGAGAAGACGGCUACAUUCCAAGAGCAGCAAGUAUCUAAAGCCUGGUGCUUUGGCUCAGAUUCGUUAUGCAAAGGCAUCAGCUUCUAAACCUUGUUCAGAUAUUGUUGUUUUGGAUACUCCAGAAGAAGAUCAAGACCUAAUGUUGUUGAAAAAGGAUUUACAAGGGAGUCCUUUGAUGCUUUCUCCUUCGAAGAUUUUGCUUAGUCCAUUUGCAGGGAUAUCUGAUAUUGUUAUCAGAAAUAGUGACUUGUUGAGGACACCAAAAACUCCUGGUCCUCAAGAUUCUGAAUCAAGACUUGAAGCACUUCCAAUGGAUAUACUGGUGAAUAUAAUUUGUCACUUGCAUCAUGACCAACUAAGAGCAGCGUUUCAUGUUUCUCAAAGAGUUAGGAAGGCUGUUGUUCUUGCUAGGCAAUUCUACUUCAACUUCACCACACCGGAUAGGUCUCGGCAAGAGAUGUUAAGGACAAUUACCCCACUUCCCACAGAGCACUGGCCUUUCGGAAGCAAAAGAUUGGGAGAUGGAUGGAGAAUUGCUAGUCCACAUCCUCCUCCCAGACCUGCAAGGCAUGGUCUAAGGCCACCUCGCUUUAGGUGUGCUGAUACGCGACAUAUUACUGCUGUUCUGUUUGAUGAGUCUGUGUUCCCCUCAAGGAAGUGCAAUAUCCUACCCUCUGUUAUGCCAAAGCCAUCGUGCAAGUCUUUGGCAUCCAACCGAGUUCUAUUCUAUGAGGAUGAGCUAUGUCAGGCUGUUGCUCAGAACAAGCUUCGUUAGUCAUUAUUAAUGGUGAGGUCCCAUUUCAUGUAUAUAGUUGUGCUUUUGAUUCCCCCCACCUUGUGUGCUUGAAUGGCGGAAAGGAUAGUUUUGCAGUCUUUUGGGUUAGGCUAUAGUAAUGUGCUCUAUUUUACUAGUUUUUGAGUUUUGAAAUGUUUUGUUUGUAUAGUUUUGCAUAAAAUAACCAGCCUGUGGUUGAAUGUAAAUCUAUGCUAGUACUGCUGCUGCUUUUAGACUUUAGAAAGAAGAAUAGAUAUGGUUUUUGAAUUAGAGAUUUUUGUGUUA